ACCAGAGCAAACCUACGGAAAGGAAAUUCCUUUUUGUUACCACUUAUCACUCAUAGACAUAGGAAUAUCCUAUGAACUUUAUUUUAUUCUUAGGGACUUUAUGUUUUAAAUGUUGUAAGAAACACCAAAUAUAAUUUCAGUCAUUUAAUCGUGUAUCAGAGAAUCAGUCUACCUAAUAUGUUAAAGAACAUGGCGGUCAGUUGAUGCAAAGGUCUACGUAAACAAAACGUUGUUUCACUAAUUUUAUAAUUAAUAAAAGUUUGCAAAUAGUAAAAUCAUAAUAAAUAUAUAUAAGCAUAUACACAUAAUGAACUGUAAAUAAAUAAAUGUAUGAUAUACAAAUAAGAACUGUGCAAUUAAUAUAUGCUAGUGCUGUACGUCUACUGUAUAUUCGGAAAACCGAUAUCUUUUUAUGAAAAUUUAACAUUAUACUAAUUUCUGGAAUUUUAAUUAUAACAAAAUGGCCGAUUCUGAAGAAGAAAAUGAUAAAGACAUAACAUCUGGGAUCAAUAUGACUGGUUUUUUGUUUGGCAACAUUGAUGAGAACGGUCAACUGGAAGAUGAUAUUCUUGAUCCAGAGGCAAAGCAACAUAUAGCUUCACUGAAUAGGCUUGGAUUAAGUUCGUUUAUUCGUGAAAUGAUGCAAAAUGAUGAUAUCACAGAAGAAAAAGAUAAUGAAUCUAAUGAUAAGCCUGAAGAAAAAAAUGAUGUGAUUGACGAGAAAGAUACCGGUUACGUUAAGAAAUCACCUAGUGCUCUUGAUUUUUUUGAUAUAAAUGAAUUAGCAGAGGAUGAAAGAGAAGAAAGUGGUAAACAGGACAUGUUUGAAGCAAAAACUGAAAAGGAAAAUGCUGAUUAUGAUGCUGAUGAUGAAGAAGUUGUUAAUAAAUCUGAUAUACAAUUAAUGCCACCUCCCCCAAUUCCCGAAGAAAAAGAAGCACUUACUGCAGAAGAAGCAGAAGCUGCACGUCAGCGUAAAUUAGAAACUCCUCUUGCUUCUAUGCUACCAUCAAAAUAUGCCAAUGUUGAUGUUACUGAAUUAUUUCCUGAUUUUCGAGCUAAUAAAGUUUUAAGGUUUUCAAGAUUAUUUGGUCCAGGAAAACCUAGUAGCCUUCCACAAAUAUGGAAGGGUGUUAAAAGAAGACGUAAAAAGAAACGACAUCAUGAUAUUAGAGAUUCUGAUUCCGGCUCUGAUCAAGAGGAAAAAAAAAUGAGGUUUAAAGGCUGGGUGAUGCAAUAUGGUCCAGAUCCAACACCAGAUAUAUGUCGUUCUGAUGAUGAAACAAAGUUAUUAAUGCCAGUAGAAGAUAAAGAACAAGUUGAUAAAUCAGGCGAAACUGGAGAAAAUGGAGAUAUGGGGCCAAAAGUUGCAGAUUGGCGGUUUGGUCCUGCACAGCUUUGGUAUGAUAUGCUUCAAGUUCCAGAAACUGGGGAUGGUUUUAACUAUGGAUUUAAAAUCAUUGACAAGUUAGAUGAACAAAGUAAUAAAGAUAAUAAAGAUAAUAAAGAUACCAAAGACGCUAAUGAGGAAUUUUCUGAUGAUGCAUUUUUAAUGGUAUCACAAUUACACUGGGAAGAUGAUGUCAUAUGGAAUGGUGAUGAUAUAAAGCAUAAGGUAUUACAGAAAUUAAAUAGUAAAAAUAAUGCAGCUGGAUGGGUACCAUCCAGUGGGAACAGAACUGCUCAAGCAUUUAGUCAACCAGGCAAAGGAGCACCUGUACCAGUUGCAUCAAAUGUUCGAUUAGCCACUUCGCAAAUUACAACACCAUUACACAUGCAAUCUCAGAAAACUAAAUUGAACAUGAAUAAAGGGAAUCAACAACAAAAUCGGGAAGAAAAUUACGAUGAUACUUGGUACUCUAUUUUUCCUGUAGAAAAUGAAGAAUUGGUGUAUGGACUUUGGGAAGAAGAAGUAAUUUGGGAUCCUGAGAAUAUGAAGAAGAUACCAAAGCCUAAAAUUCUUACUUUGGAUCCAAAUGAUGAGAAUAUUGUUCUUGGUAUUCCUGAUGACAUAGAUCCAGCACUGGUUCAUAAAGAUAAUGGACCUCAGCCAAAAGUAAAAAUACCUCAUCCUCAUGUGAAGAAAAGUAAAUUAUUACUAGGAAAAGCUGGAGUAAUUAACGUAUUGGAAGAAGACACUCCACCUCCACCACCAAAAUCACCUGAUAGAGAUCCAUUUAAUAUUUCAAAUGAUACAUACUAUAUGCCACGAUCGUCAGAAACAACAUUACGAUUAAAAGUUGGAGGUGGAAAUUUGAUACAACAUAGUACGCCAGUAGUAGAAUUACGUGUUCCAUUUGUUCAAACUCAUAUGGGUCAAAUUCGGCUUCGAAAUUUCCAUAGACCACCUUUAAGAAGAUUUAGCCAUGGACCGCUUGCUCAUCCUGGUCCACAUUCUGUCCUGCCAUUAAUAAAGCAUAUCAAAAAGAAAGCCAAACAAAGAGAACAAGAAAGAAUUGCAUCUGGUGGAGGUGAUGUCUUUUUCAUGAGAACACCCGAAGAUUUAACUGGCAAAGAUGGUGAAUUGGUACUUAUUGAAUUCUCUGAAGAACAUCCUCCGUUGAUGAAUCAAGUAGGAAUGUGUUCCAAGGUGAAAAAUUACUAUAAGAGGAAGGCAGGCAAAGAUCAAGGACCACAGAAAUACAAAUAUGGUGAAACCGCUUAUGCCCAUACUAGCCCAUUUCUUGGAAUUCUUACACCUGGUCAAAGUAUACAAGCAGUGGAAAAUAAUAUGUAUAGAGCGCCAAUUUAUGAGCACAAAAUUCCAGAAACAGAUUUCUUAGUUAUAAGAACAAGACAACAAUAUUAUAUCAGAGAAAUGGAUGCUUUAUUUGUUGCUGGUCAAGAAUGUCCAUUAUAUGAAGUUCCAGGUCCUAAUUCAAAGAGAGCUAAUAAUUUUGUGAGAGAUUUUUUACAAGUAUUUAUAUACAGAUUAUUUUGGAAAUCUAAAGAUACGCCCCGACGUAUUAAAAUGGAUGAUAUUAAAAAAGCAUUUCCUUCGCAUAGUGAGAGUAGUAUUAGGAAACGUUUGAAACUAUGCGCUGAUUUUAAAAGAACAGGUAUGGAUUCAAAUUGGUGGGUUAUAAAACCCGACUUUAGAUUACCAACCGAAGAAGAGAUUCGAGCGAUGGUGUCUCCGGAACAAUGUUGCGCUUAUUUUAGUAUGAUUGCUGCUGAGCAAAGACUAAAGGAUGCUGGUUAUGGUGAAAAAUUCCUAUUUACUCCUCAAGAUGACGAUGACGAAGAAAUGCAAUUAAAAAUGGACGAUGAAGUUAAAGUUGCGCCUUGGAAUACGACACGAGCAUACAUUCAAGCUAUGAAAGGUAAAUGCUUGCUACAGCUAGCAGGACCAGCUGAUCCAACAGGUUGUGGUGAAGGAUUUUCCUAUGUUCGAGUACCAAAUAAACCCACGAUUAGUAAGGAAGAACAAGAAGCUCAACCAAAAAGAACUGUGACUGGAACUGAUGCCGACUUAAGAAGGUUGUCAUUAAAUAACGCAAAAGCGUUACUUCGAAAAUUUGGUGUACCUGAGGAAGAAAUUAAAAAAUUAUCUCGAUGGGAGGUAAUCGAUGUUGUUAGAACGUUGUCAACAGAAAAAGCUAAAGCUGGAGAAGAGGGCAUGACUAAAUUUUCACGAGGAAAUCGUUUCUCUAUAGCUGAGCAUCAAGAAAGAUACAAAGAAGAAUGUCAGAGAAUUUUUGAUUUACAAAAUCGUGUUUUAUCUUCUAACGAAGUUUUGAGUACAGAUGAAGGCGAGAGUUCUGAAGAAGAUAGUUCUGAUAUAGAAGAGAUGGGUAAAAACAUAGAAAACAUGCUUUCCAACAAAAAAACUAGUACCCAAUUAUCACUUGAACGAGAGGAACAACAGCGACAUGAAUUACGAAAGAUGUUAAUGGGUGAAGUUCAAGAACAAGAUAAGAAGUCUAAAGAGAAAAAGAAGGAUGACGAAGAGGAUAGCCCUGUAAAUAACUUUAACUCGCAACAGGGUAGAGUUCUUAAAAUUUAUCGGACAUUUAGAAAUCCAGAGGGCAAAGAAUAUACAAGGGUAGAAUUAGUAAGGAAGUCUGCGGUAAUAGAUACUUAUAUAAAAAUUAGAAAUUCUAAGGAUGAAACGUUUAUUAAACAAUUUGCAACAUUGGACGAGGCACAAAAAGAAGAAAUGAAGAGAGAGAAAAGAAGAAUUCAGGAACAACUACGUAGAAUUAAACGAAAUCAAGAACGUGAACGUAUGCUUGGUGGCCCAAUGGCAGGAAACAAUGCGUCAUUGAGUAAUAUAUUCGACCGUAGUAAUACCAAUACCCCAACCACUACGUCCUCAAACAGUAUCCUUCCAUUCUGUAAUUCAUUCCAAUCUACUUCUUCUGCUUCUAAACAUCCUAAACCGGAAGUAUCUCCUACUAAACGUAAAAAACCUAAACUUAAACCAGAUCUCAAACUGAAAUGUGGUGCUUGCGGUAAUGUAGGGCACAUGCGUACGAAUAAAGCUUGCCCUUUAUAUCAGAAUAGCAUAACUACAGCGCCCGUUAAUGUUGCGAUGACAGAAGAACAAGAGGAAGAAAUUGAGAAACAGCUUAAUACAGAUGAUCAAGAUCUUGUUAAUGUAGAUGGAACUAAAGUGAAGUUAUCAUCCAAAUUAAUUAAGCAUGCUGAAGAAAUGAAAAGACGUACGUUACUCUUGAAGGUGCCUAAGGAGGCAGUAAGCUCUAAAAAACGAAGGAGAGCUACCGGAGAUGAUCAUUGUGAUUAUCUUAAACGACAACAGAGACCUGCUAAUAGACGUAGAACAGAUCCUGUUGUAGUUAUGUCUACAAUGCUAGAAAGUAUACUUAACGAAAUGCGAGACCUACCUGACGUUCAACCUUUUCUAUUUCCUGUUAAUGCCAAAGCUGUUCCUGAUUAUUAUAAAAUUAUACAAAGACCUAUGGAUUUACAAACCAUACGUGAAAAUUUAAGAUUAAAGAAAUAUCAAAGCCGAGAAGAAUUUUUGGCUGACGUUAAUCAGAUUGUAGAAAACUCAACUCUGUAUAAUGGAUCAAAGAGUUCAUUAACAGUAGCAGCUAAGCGUAUGCUGGAAACUUGUGUAGAAAGACUUGGAGAAAAGGAAGAUCGUCUGAUGAGAUUAGAAAAAGCAAUUAAUCCUCUACUAGAUGACAAUGACCAAGUUGCUCUCACUUUUAUCUUGGACAAUGUUGUAAACAAUAAAUUGAAAUCUAUGACAGAAGCUUGGCCAUUCCUGAAACCAGUUAAUAAGAAAUUAGUGAAAGAUUAUUAUAAUGUUAUUAAAAGACCUAUGGAUCUAGAAACUAUAUCCAAAAAGGUAUCUGCGCACAAGUAUCAUAAUCGCCAUGAGUUUCUUAGGGAUAUUGAACAAAUUUUGGAAAAUUGUACAGUGUAUAAUGGAAAGGAAUCUCCAUUUACGCAGAAAGCAGAAUUGCUAGUAAAAGUUUGUAAAGAAACAUUAGAUGAGUAUGAUGAACAUUUAACACAAUUAGAAAAUAAUAUAUUAUUGGUACAAAAGCGAGCAAUGGAGCAAGCAGACAUUGAUCCUUCAUGGCUUGGACCAGAUGAGGAAAAUUAUACCAUUGUAGAGCCUGAAUUUAGAGGGAGUCAAACAAGUUCGCCAGAAAAUCCAUUCGGUAAAUCGAAUAUGGAUGAUUUUGAUUUUGUGGACGUGGAAGGCGACAUGGAAGGUGAUGGUAGUAGAAGCGUAAAUUCGAAAAAGAAAGAUGUCCUUGAAGAAGAUUUACAAUUCUCCAGUGAAGAUGAAUUUGAUGAGGUUCCAUUCGGUACGGAUGAACAGUCGGAAAAUGCGGAAAUGGAAACACUUGAGCUGAAUGAAGUUAGAGAAGGUACAGAAAGCGGAGUAGUAUUAGCGGAUGAUGAUAGUCAACAAGCAGCGGAAGCUAUGGUUCAAUUGGGUAAUGUCGGCUUUUAUAUGGCGGACCAACAAUUGCUUCAGCAAGAUGAAAGUAUGGAUGUUGAUCCUAAUUACGAUCCUUCAGACUUCUUGUUAGCUGGUUUGCCAGCAAGAGAUGAGAAAAGUGAAAACAAGAUACAAGAUGACCUUGCUGUCUCUGAAAGCGAUGAUGAUACAGAAAAUAACGCAAAACAAAAACAAAAAACACCACAACAAUUACCGCAACCAGAGGAGGAUGUUGGUGGUGAUCUUUGGUUCUAAAAAAAUGUUAUAUUUCUUUUAGCAAUAAUGCUAUUUUGUAGUUUACUUCUUAAAUCAGAAGAUUUAUAUUACAAAAUGCGAUGAGAGAGAAAAGGCAAGAUAUUUAUUUCUUAUAGGAAUAAUUACAUUUCAACAUUUGAAAUUGAAUGAAACAUGUAUGUUUUGUUGUUUACAUAUGAUUUUGUAAAAAGUAAAAUGAACAUCUAAUGCAUAUCUGUGAAUAUUAUGUAUACAUAUUAUAUGUAAAUAAAUAGUGAGAAAUUGUUUUUUAAAUAUCAUGUGUAUAUUUAAUCCUUCAUAUAGAGCGAGUACAUCUGUAUAAGAUUUAUAAAGAAAAAUAAUUGAAUAGAAAAAGCUGCAAAUUCAGUUAUA